AUGCUGGCCGCGACACUUUUUACGGUAAUCAUUGCUAGUUUUGGUGAGGUAAAGUGCGCUGAACUAGAUCCGGAUUUGUGGAAAUGUCCAGACGAAAGCUUCGACGAUCCGGGAUAUUCGUUGAACUGCACUUACGGCUGUAAAAAUGGUAACCCAGAAGACACCAACCUUUACUGGGGUCGUUACAAGGAUGGUACCGUGUGUGUGGUCCUUCAAGAUGGUGACCCUAACAAGUUCGAUCACAUUGGGACUUGCAAAAACGGAACAUGCGUUGAAUAUAAAGAAGACAACAUACAACAAGUAUGGAGCCAACUUCCUGAGACGCAAGCCCAGUUUCAUUAUUGCGACCCCAAGUCUAGCACGGAUCCCGUGGACAAAUGCCUGCAUAUUUGCAACAAAACUCAUCCAGUUGGAAAGAGUGGAUAUUUUUUCGGCAUUUAUCUGGAUCAUAAUCCCUGCAAUUUCACUGGUGAGCGUGGUGAAUGCAGAAGUGGACUGUGUGUUAAUACUACCGGGACGCAUCCCAUUGAAAACUGA